CAAAGCGGCCGGUCUGUUUGUGCGCAUGCGCGGGUGGUUAAGGCUCAUCUUCAUCACAUCCAGCAGUUGUCCCGGUGUUGCACGCUGUACUCUCAACUACUGCUGCUGGUUAACGUCUGACCACUGACACGUCAAGGACGUCGGAGUGACGCUCACGCCGCCGAACCGAGCCCUCAACCGGACCUCACAGGAGUCCCACGCACACGCGGAUUUUAAGGUCCUGAUCCCAGUUCAACUGGUUCUGCGGUCUCCAAUCAUCUGAAGCUAUCCUUCAGCAGUGGCAUCUUCCUCUUCUUCUUCAAAACCUUCCUCGUGAGCAGACAUGCCUCCAGCGUUGGGUGGUCCUGUGGGGUACACCCCACCUGAAGGUGGCUGGGGCUGGGCAGUGGUGGUGGGAGCAUUCAUCUCCAUUGGCUUCUCCUAUGCCUUCCCGAAAUCCAUUACAGUGUUCUUCAAAGACAUCGAGACCAUCUUCAAUGCCACACCCAGUCAGGUGUCCUGGAUCUCCUCCAUCAUGCUCGCUGUCAUGUAUGCUGGAGGCCCGAUCAGCAGUAUCCUUGUGAACAGAUUUGGCAGUCGUCCAAUCAUCCUCCUCGGUGGUUGUCUGGCGGGGUCAGGACUGGUCGCGGCCUCCUUCUGCAACACAGUGGAGCAGCUCUACUUCUUCAUAGGAGUAGUGGGAGGUUUGGGACUUGCAUUCAACUUGAAUCCAGCCCUCACUAUGAUCGGUAAAUACUUUUACAAGCGUAGGCCCAUCGCUAAUGGCAUCGCCAUGGCAGGCAGCCCGGUGUUUCUGUCCACCCUGGCUCCUCUCAACUCCUGGCUCUAUGAUGAGUUUGGGUGGAGAGGCAGCUUCCUCAUACUGGGCGGACUCCUGCUCAACUGCUGUGUGGCUGGCUCCCUAAUGCGCCCCCUCGGACCCAAACCUCAGCCCGCAAAGCCCGACGCGGAGGUUGGGGAGACAAAAGCAGUGGACGCAGUACAGCCACAGCAAAAGAAGACGGUCCUGCAGACCAUCAACUCCUUCAUUGACCUGACACUGUUCAAACAUCGCGGUUUCCUGCUGUACCUGUUGGGAAAUGUGAUUAUGUUCUUCGGCCUCUUUGCUCCACUUGUCUUCCUUUCUAACUUUGCUAAGAGUAAAGACAUCAGCAAAGACAAGGCAGCUUUCCUUCUGUCAAUUCUAGCCUUUGUUGACAUGUUUGCCCGGCCCUCCAUGGGCCUGCUUGCGAACACCAAGUGGGUCCGGCCCAGGAUACAGUACUUCUUUGCUGCUGCCGUCCUUUACAACGGCGUGUGUCACGUGAUGGCACCGGUGACAACGGACUACACUGGAUUUGUGGUGUACGCCAUCUUCUUUGGUUUUGCCUUCGGGUGGCUGAGUUCAGUGUUGUUUGAGACACUGAUGGACCUGGUGGGGGCUCAGAGGUUUUCUUCAGCUGUAGGUCUUGUCACUAUAGUGGAGUGUGCACCAGUGCUGUUGGGCCCACCACUAACAGGUGCGUUCUAUAACGAUUACAAAUCCUAUAACUACACCUACAUAACCUGUGGCAUCAUCCUCAUCAUCGCAAGUGUGGUCCUCUUUGUGGGAAUGGGCAUCAACUACCGCAUGUUGGAUCGAGAGAGGAAAGAGGAGGAGAGGAGAGCAAGAGAGGAGCCAAAGGAGGAGUGCGCCGCCAUGUUGGCUCCUUCCUCUCCGUCAAAGUCAAACGAGGGUGCGAGCGAGGAAAACGAUGCCGUGGUCCGAGUGGAGGACGUGGCAAAGAUGGACGAGGACACGGUGUAGAACAAAGAAAAAAAAAAGACAACAAAACAGAGAAGAAUACACACUUUGCAUUUCAUACGUCACUGAAACACACACAAUUGGCAGUUGCUCAUUUCAAUGCAGCCACACUCUUUAUAGUGACAUUUAAACACAACCCUGAAGCCAUAGAAACAGUUUGAACUCACUUUAAAAAAAAAAAACAACAACUGCAACCUGUUGCCGUGAUGUGAAGCUUAGCCGCUGUUCACCGUGUUAGUACCUUUUAGUUUGGGCCUUUGACGUGCCUUUGCUAAAACUCAAUUCCUUCAUAAGCAUACUGUAUAAAUGCCACACAGACACAAUGGCUGUAAGAUGAUAAUCCGUUAAAAUGAUCAGGACUUGCACACGGGGGGGGGGGGAACCCGCUUCCUGAAAAUCCCUUGGGCUUCGACUCGAACAUGAUCUGAGGCUCAAACCGGCAAAGGACACGUGUUAAUACUGUACAUUUCCCCCACUGACACAUUUAUUUCACUCCUCAAGGGCUGGACAUGAAUCAAAAUGACACAUGGUACUCAAUGUGUCGUUGUCAGACGCACAAAAGUUCACUGCUGCGGGUAAAACUGUACUGUUAUUACUACACAGAAAAGUCAUUUUGAUGAAAUGUUUAAACCUUUUCUCAACAAUAUUGGGCACAAAAAUGGGGAAGCUUUUUUUUUGUAAAAAAAUAAAAUAAAAUAAAAAAAAGAGUAACAGGCCUCCAUGAUCUGAAACUAGAAGGUCGUAGGAGAAGUUUGUUGCAAUGUUGAAUUGAAGGCACUGGUAACGCUGUUGCUUUUUACGUGCAUACGUGCGCGUAAUUCUGUUUGGUACACCCUCCAGUCAGAGCAGUUCUUCACAGAUUUGUAUUCAUACUGAUGACACGCGGUGGUUCAUACCAGGAUGAUGACGUGACUCUGUAUUAAAUGACACCACAGGCUGGUUUGUUUGCAGAGAUGUGGGGGGGGGGGGGUUGAGAGAGGGUGAGAGGGUGAACUGGGCUUGUGUGAGUGUGUGUUUGACUUUUCCUAGCUGUGGUGCCAAAAUUUGGGUGGGGUUGGAGGAGAGUUGACACAAUUCUCUUUUACAUUAUUCUGGAUUGUAGGACUCACAGCACCAUAGUGUGUUUUUUUUUUGGUGUAACACUUUGUAGAAUACAAUUAUAUCAAAAAAUACUUUUGUGUGUUUCUUACAAAAAUCUAUUUUAGCUCAAUGUGUGAUGACAAUCUGACAACAAGUAAUCUUUUUAAUGGAUUUGGGUGUAUUUUUAGGGAAGUGUGUGUGUGUGUGUGUGUGUGUGUGUGUGUGUGUGUGAGAGAGAGCGAGAGAGUGAGAUUCAGACACUGCAUUAUUGGUACGUCCUGUAGUUUGUGUCAUAUCAGAUCCACACUGUCGGUUGUUAUUUCACUGAUCACUUGUUGGUUUUAUCACUAACAUGAAACGCUGACAUUGGUGUGAGCAGUGGGAGUAGCCUGAACUAACUUUCCCGUUUUUUUUUAUUAUGGGAAAAUGAAGAAAAAUAACUUUUCAACAAUUCUCUCUUUAGCAUAAAUGUUUUAAACUCACAUUUUUGUUCUAAAUAUUUAAAAACGCCUUGGAAAUAUCUGCAGUUAAAAUGAAAAACACAUUUGAAUGAAGGCUCAUUGUUUUUACUUUUUUGCAGUUUUUAUUUUUACUUGAUUUUUUAUUUUUUUACACAGUAGUAAUAAGAGCUAAUAGCUCCAGAAAAACACCUUAAAGAUAAGUCAGUUUAUGUUCUGUAUGUUAUUGUUGUCAAUAUGUCAUUGAUUUAGAAUAACAACAAUACUUAAUUCAUUCUGCUAACAUGUUUUGGCUCACAGAAGAAAGCAAGCACAGCUGUGAAAAAAUCCUAAGAAUUAAUUUUCUGCAACACAUUUGCAUGCAUUGAACUUGACGUACUUGAUUUCUGUCAUCUGAAAUCACUACCUCAUGUGCUGCUCCGUCAGUGCUACUGUGUACGAUAAACACGUGGGUGUUUAAACACUAUGGGGAGCACAAGCAGUAAAUCCAGAUUCCAGACAUAAUAUAUCUCUGCUGUUCAUUCGCUCCGCAGUAAUUGCCAUUGUGGGAUUAAAGUCGACGCUAUUUCAUCUGAGAGAACACAGCAGCUUAUUUUCAGUCGAUCCCACGCGCCUUCCUGCUGCUGGAAGAAGUAGUAUUUAUCUGCCGUGGAAAAUUCAGCACCAACAAAUACACAAAUGACCCCUCUGCAAUUCACAUAUCAAACUUCCGUGACAAGCUCCUUGUUGAGAUUAAGCCUUUAUGAUUCAUUUUAAAGAUUUAGGAAUCACUUGGGGCCAAAGACGGAGACAUGGACUGACACAAUUCAAGUGUUGGUCUUGAUUUGUUGACAGUAAAAAAAAAAAAAAAAAAUAGAAUACAACCAACAUUAUCUUUUUAUACUUUGAAGGCAACUGUGAUCAAAUAAGUACAAUUUUGUAAUGGAGUUUUAUUUUUUUCUUGUUUAUUUUAACCUCCUGAUGUGUGAUCAGUUUCUGCAACAUUUGUCCUCACAGAGAGGCUUUUUUUCCUGUGGGAAUGUAAAGUAGCACAAUGAAAACUGUGUUACAUUGUUUUUGUUUUCUUUUUAAAAAAAAGAAAAGAAGCUGUUCUGGUUAUUUUGCCACAAGCAACUGUAAGUAUUCAUUUCAUAUUUUUUUUAGACAGGUUAAUUCCAAAAUGAAAGUUGUUGUUGAAACUUAAAUGUGAUAAUUUCAAGGAUCUUUUAAGAUGUUCUUGAUGGCAAUGUGAGAAUAUUUAUACCUGAAGUAUUAACCUAUCUUUGUACUUGCGAGAUUUCUGUCUUGAGUUAAGAAUUGCAGCGAACAGGUCAGCUUGAUUGAUUUUGAAUCAACAUUGACUAGCACUUGACACACACACAAAAAAGACACAAUUCACGUAUAUAUUAAGCUUCUGAAGAAUAGCUUUGUUUUAGUCGUAGUGUUUGUUUUUAAGUUGUGUAUGUGUGCAGUGUUAAUAUGACUGGGGAAUGAAUGAAUAAACACUUUUAAAAACUA